ACCUCUGCACUGAAUGAUUUUCUACAACAUAUAGCCUGUGCAGCCUCCAUCUUGGGUGAAGAAGUAGCCCGCCCAUUUUUCUCCUUGUCUGAGACCUUGAGACAAUUUUUAACCCGCCGUCGCCAUGGCAAUCAACAUAAAAGAUAAAGUGGCGCUGCUCACUGGCAGCGAGGGACUCCUUGGCCCAGCCUUCGGCACACUCUUACUGGAGAAAGGAGCAAAGGGUGUGGUUUUCCUUGGGUCUGAGAAGGCGAACGAUAUCAACAAGGAGCUGGUAGAGAAGUUCGGCGGAGAGCGGGUGAUGCUUUACACCUGCGACAUCACGGAUCAGGCCAGCAUGAAAGCGGGCUUCGAGGAGGCAAAGGCCCGCUUUGAGCGAGUGGACGUGGUCUGCAACUGUGGUUCGUCCUGGGACGAGAUCAAGUGGGAGAAUACGGUACAAGUCUCACUGCAUGGCGUGAUCCACGGUACCCGACUGGCGCUUGAGUAUCUUGAACCCAAUGGACUUCUCGUCAAUGUUACGUCAGUAGCAGCGAUGACAUUGGCUCCUUACUUACCCAUCAUUAGCGCCUGCAAAGCUGCCGUCCUUGCCUACACCAAGACCGUGGCGAAAUAUGACCCCGUUGCUAAGGCGCAGAAGAUUCGUGUGAACGUCUUUCUCCCGUGCCCUAUGGAGGGGGACGAGAUGUCGAGCGCCGUUCUAGCCGAGGAGAAGGUCCAACAACACGCCACAAUCACUUUAACUAAGCUUAAGACAAAACCACCCAACAUUGUUGCUAGUGCACUGAUGAUGCUCAUCGAUCAAGAUCGCCACGACGAGACACUGUACGUUCACGGAGAGCUGGGACCCAUCUUCGCGGCCGACGACACGGACGAGUUCAGGCGGAAGUACCGCGCAUCCACCGUGGUGAAAAACCUCUAAGAUGGCCCGUUCCGCUAUAGGCUGCAAAAUGCCGACUAAGAUUUCAUACACACAAGCACCAAUCGAUGUUGGUCCAAUUUCAGUCAGCACCCUUAGGUUUGGCUCCGCCACCCCCAAUAAGAGCACCGCAAGGUUGCGUCAAUCUUUUACAUUGAUCUAGAAAUGGAUUUUUAACCGGGUGAAAAGGGAUGGGUGGGGAAUUCCAUCGCCAUCUGCUCAAGGGAAAAGGACAAUGCAUGGUUCGAGAAAACCCUUGGGGGAGAUAGGGUGCGCGCUUGAGAUAGGGAUUUUAGGAGCUGAAAGGCACAGGCCUUCUAGAAAAAGACGAUUAAAAUUUCAAUGACAAUCCAAAUGCAAUCAUCAUACCCGUUUAGUAUACAGCAAAGAGGGUCCAAAAUGUCCAAAUAUUGUAUGGCCUGCAAGGCUAGGCGAAACACCGCGUCAAUUCGGGGAAUAGAUCUAGCCACCUGAUGGGAUGGCCGCUUCCGUAUAAUACACGCACUGUAUACAGGGGCUCGUGGCCAAAUAAUCCGGGCAGCAUGCAUGGGUGACGUGAGUUCACGCAUAAUGUCAGCUAAAGACAGUGGACGGGUUUUUGAGGGUUCAAUCCACAGAUUUGCAACCAGCAUCACAAACAUUCUGAUGUUCAUCGUUCUUUCUUUUAGUGAGAGUGAUACAAGGGACUCGUUCCAAACCUCAUAGUUUGCCCAAAUCAGCAUUAAGAGGCUUCCCUUCAUUUUAAUAUUCACAUCUUGAUGAAAAUGGUGUGUUUUCUCCAAAUUUAACUCGUUUCUAUUCUUAUUUUGACUGAAAUCUCUUUGCAGACAAUUAACUUGUAGGCAAUGGUACAAUGUACGCACGGUACUGUAUGGUGAUGUAUGACUUCACGGAGUACGAUUAUUGUAAGCGUGGUAAACACUACUUUCAUUUUUAAAGUUCGUCGGUGUUGUUUCUGAAAUUGUGCUUCCUUUUUUGAGUUUCUUGACGGGAAUAACUUGCGCUUGGAAGCACAGAUAGUUUUUAUAGUGAUUACGUCUUCUCAUUGGUUAGUUUAGAUCUGUCAGUUCGCGGAAUGAGAGAUAGCUCUGUGUAGAAUGUCAUCAUGAAAUGAUAUAUUCGGACAAUCUUCACAAUGAAGACGUCAAUGUAAGAUGCUGAUAUUAUUUAAAAUGACUUGUAUUUUUUCAGUGAGAUUAAACUGCAUUGUGAAGAAAAUCGCAGUGCUGUAUUAACCAA